AUGAAACAAUUAUAAAAUCCUUAUUUGUGCCUUAUAGGAAAUUAAAGAAGCUUAAAAACCACUCUAUUAUAAUACUUUACAUACUAUAAAAUAGUUGAUACUUAAUUAAGUGUUUAUUUAGUUUGUUCAGAGGAAAAGUUCCUAGCUAAUACAUCAUUAUUUGGAAAAAUAAUACCUGUUUAUUAAGAAACUUUAUAACAAAUGAAUGUUAAAUUAAUUAAAAGCUAUUAAGAAUAUUUAGCUGUAUUAGGUUCUUUUUCAUAUAUGGAUAAUAAAGAAUAUGAUAUUUUUAUAUUUGAUGACAUUUCUCACUUUGUUGGAACAGAUUAAAAAGAGAAAAAAUUAAAUUUAAUGUUGCAUUUAAUAUCAUAAAUAAAACCAAGAUAGCAAUUAGAUGAUUUUCAGAUCAUUGUAAAUUUAUAGAGUGAUAUUAUUGGUUAAUUGAUUGAUUUAAUAAAUUUAACUCGUUAUCAUAACUUUUUGAUUUGUGAACUUAAAUUAAGUCCAAAGUAAUAAUGCAGUACUUAAAAUUAGAUUAACAAUACAAAUAGUUGAUAUUAUAAAAAUAAUGGAUAAUUAUUAAUUACAAUACAAAACAAUAAUUAUGUCUGAUAUUUCCAGAGCAAUAAAUGAUAGAUUGUGA